AUGGUGACUCAGGUUUGCUAUGUGCUCAAGGGAAAACCUGUGGCCUUCAACCCUCUUUUCUCCACGGCUCUCGUCGGUGACCCGAUCAGCAACCUACUCACAACCAAAUGCGUGGGUAGAGCGCCAAAUACCGAGGUUGUCCGGGGUGAAGUCCUCCCAGCUCGUGCGCGGCUUGAAGAGCUGUCUGGUCGGAUCCGGAUCCAAAUUGCCAUGCACAUGGGCACUCUCUGGUGUCAGGAUAUUGGCAGUGGGACUCGCAACUGGAAAUCGCGCACACUUGAGCGCCUGCGUGAGUACAUAGUCCGAGCGAUCGAGACCAGCGAGGUCAACCUCAGGCAUAUCGUCGAGCCCAACGCUCUGUUUCGUCAUUUCUUUGACAACUUCAGCAUCGAAGACUUUGUGCACGUCUUCCGAUGGAUGGCCGACCUCCUUGACUGGCAUCGAACCUCGAGGAUGGGACAACAUUUUGUGCGCAGUGUUUGGGCCAAUCUUGCGACACAGAUGAAGCUCCACUGCGACAUCGAUGCCGUCCCAAACCCGGAGCAAUCGGAGGGAGACUGGAAGCAGAUUGUAGCCUUUUGGGAUACAAUGGGCAUGGAAGGACCCCAAGUACCAAAGGGUGAAGCUGUCAGAGUUUAA